CUUGUAUGAUAUUGUCAUGGUCUCAUUCAAUCUAGAGCUUGGGAACUGUACUUCUCGACGAUUCGAGAACGCCCUAAAAUGCACAAAGCAACAAUUGCCUGAGGAAAUAACUCAGAAUAAAGAUUGUCAUCGGCCGACGAACAUUUGGAUUAGAAGGAAAGAGCAACGCGUAAAGAGAAUAUCCCAGCAAUCUGGCGCCUCACAUUCUGGUACCCUCGAAAUCGCCGUUCCGCACUUGCCAGGCUGAGAUAUCACAUCGAGAAGAGCACGGUGAUGAAGACGGCCAAAAAAAAAAAAAAAAAAAAAAAAAAAAAACAGACAAAAACCGGACAACAGCAAGGGAGACGAAAGGGUCAAGUAAUAACAGUCUCCUUUAUUCCCAUCUCUUUUUGAAGCACUAUAAUACAUGCCAAAUUCAAGAACCAGCCACACGUCACUUUGGGAUGACCAGCUACAUAGCUCGUAUGGCUGAAGGAGCCAGGACAGCCACCAGUGAAUCUUACUUUCAACAACUGACUUCAACACACUCAUCCUUCGAGUCGAUCAGAUUGGACCGGGUUCUCUUCCGAUCACUGCUGGGGACUUGAUUCAACUCCUCUUAAACAACCUUUGUCUUGGCGCGUUCUGGAUUGAAGCCCCCUCGAGUCGGGUCGCCUACCCCGUGCCGAAGACACCUGUCCAUAAGAAUGAUCGACAC